AUGCCAGACAAGACGGCCAGAGGGACGGUCCUUAUCGCCAAGGACGGGCGGUUGUGUGUUCUGCGAGAUUCGGAGGAUGAUGGCUUGGUUUUCUUCCAGCCCACGCCGAGACCGGGUCUCGUGCCUUUAGUGGACUACAAUGGCGUGAAUCGCGGCACGAAGGUUCCAGGCCAAACUUACGACGACUUGGAACUUCUCGAAGGCAACGCCCAGAUGAUUGGACAGGCAUUCUGGAAAUGGAGCAACAAUAUAGGACAGCCCGAGCGACGCGCACGUCGAGGCCUGAUCAUGGAUGUUCUGGCCAUGACAUUUGAACGACACUACGGGAAUCUCAAGCCGUCUCCAAAGUUCCAAUUCUACGCGGCAGAACUCACAAACUCGAAUGGAAGAGCAAUAGAAGUUGGAGGCAAAGACUGCCAGUAUCCUUACCGGCCACCUGAACACCGAUUACUACAUGUCGGCGACGAGUUAUUCAAGCUUGCGGUAGAACAGUACAAAUCCUUCGAGCAGGUUUACUCAGGUCUUCCAACGCAUCCGACGGCUAAAGCGAUAGAAGAGAUGAAUCGUGAAAGGCAGAGACUAGAAACGACGAAACCUGCUGCAAAAGUUGCUGCGGUCUCUGCCAAGCAAGCACUUUUCAACCCCUCGAACGAGGAAGAUCAGGACGACGAGGAGACCUUGCCCGCUUCCAAGUUGGAGGAAGAAGCGCAACCAGAAGCGCAAGCCUGCACACCAGCUCAACGAGAAGGCGCCGGAGUAGCCAAGAUAGCCACCACACCAGUUGGAGCUGCCUCCUCGGUGGUACGUUCGGCAGAGGGGAAGGAGGAUGAGGACAUGGAUGCGGAAGACAUCAAUCUCGAAAUGCGCCAGGUGGAGUUGGAACAGCGAAAAAUUCGACUUCACCAGAUGCGCAGAGCGUUGGAGAAGAAGAAGAGGCGUCGCAAGGAAGGCUAG